CAGACUCGUGUAGAAGCAGGCCAAUUCAAUCUCGUCCUUCUUCACCUGUCUCCUCUCUAUUCUGCGUCUACAUCGCAUCCCUCUUCUAGUCACCCCUUGUGCAUUUCCCCCCACGGUUCAACAUGUCGAAAACCUUCAUUGGCAACGUCAAGAGCGUCCUCAGCGGCGACACCUUGGUGUUGACCAGCCCCAACAACCCGACCGCCGAACGUAUAGUUUCGCUCGCCUAUGUCUCUGCACCUCACAUGAGACGUGAGGGCGAUGAGCCCUUCGCCUUCCAGUCUCGCGAAUACCUCCGAACUCUCGUCGUUGGCAAGCCCGUCCAGAUCACAGUUCAGUAUACCAUUCCUUCCGGCCGCGACUUUGUUUCCGCCAAGCUUCAGGAUGGCACCGAGUUCCCCGAUGUUCUGAUCAAGGCUGGUUGGGUCAAGGUUCGUGAGGAGGCCGGCCGUAAGGACGACUCCGAUGAGAUUGCUCAGCGUCUUGAGACCCUUCGUGCGCUGGAAGCCGGAGCCAGAUCCCAGGGUGCUGGUGUAUGGGCCGGUACUGGCGGCAUGAUUGAAGUUCAGAACGACCUCGGUGGUCCCGAGUUUUUGACACAGUGGAAGGGCAAGACUGUUGACGGUAUUGUCGAAAAGGUCCUUGCUGGUGACAGAUUGGUUGUCCGCCUGCUGCUCUCCGACAAGAAGCACGUCCAGCCCAUGACCCUGCUCGCCGGUGUCCGCGCCCCGUCUACCGAACGACCCAAUGCCUCGACCGGCACCACACAGCCUGCUGAAGAGCAUGGCAAUGAGGCGCGAGCCUUUGUCGAGUCGCGCCUCCUUCAGCGCCUUGUUAAGGUUGACAUUGUCGGUGCUAGCCCUCAAGGUCAGCUUGUUGCCAACGUUAUUCACCCUCGUGGAAACAUUGCCGUCUUCUUAUUGCAGGAAGGUCUCGCUCGCUGCAAUGACUUCCACUCUACUAUGCUUGGCGAGAAGAUGGCUCCCCUCCGUGCUGCUGAGCGUGAGGCUCAGGGCAAGAAGCUCCGCCUUCACAAGAAUCACGUUGCCAAGGCUGACGGCGGCAACCAGGACAUGACUGUCUUCAAGAUUAUUGGUGGUGACUCCAUCAUGGUCCGCAACAAGGCUGGUGUUGAGAAGAAGAUUAGCUUCAGCAGCAUCCGUGGUCCUCGCACUGGCGAGCCCGGCGAGAACCCAUUCCGUGACGAGGCCAAGGAGUUCCUUCGCCAGAAGCUCAUUGGCAAGCACGUAAAGAUUAGUAUUGAUGGUUCCAAGCCUGCCAGUGAUGGCUUCGAAGCUAAGGAGGUUGCCACGGUCACCGACAAGAACGUCAACAUUGGUCUCGAGCUUGUUGCUGCCGGCUACGCCACCGUCAUCAGACACCGUAAGGAGGACACUGACCGCUCCCCUGCCUACGACGAGCUUUUGGCUGCCCAGGAAAAGGCCAAAGGUGAGAGAGUAGGCAUGUGGUCUGGCAAGCCCCAGAAGGCUAAGCAGUACAACGAUCUUUCUGAGAACCUCACCAAGGCUAAGGUGACGCUGUCUAGUCUGCAGCGCCAGAAGAAGAUCCCUGCUAUUGUUGACUUUUGCAAGUCUGGUUCCCGCUUCACCAUCCUUAUCCCCCGUGAGAGCCUCAAGUUGACCAUGGUCCUCGGUGGUAUCCGUGCCCCCCGUGCCCCUCGCGCUGACGGUGAGGGCGGCGAGCCUUUCGGAAAGGAGGCCCUCGAGCUUGCCAACCGUCGUUGCAACCAGCGCGACUGCGAGGUCAACAUCCACGAUAUGGACAAGGUUGGCGGUUUCAUUGGUGAGCUCUAUGUUGGCCGUGAGAACUUUGCCAAGGUCUUGGUCGAGGAGGGUCUUGCAUCUGUCCAUGCAUACUCUGCUGAGAAGUCCGGCAACGCUGCCGAGCUGUUUGCUUCGGAGAAGCGCGCCAAGGAGGCCCGCAAGGGUCUCUGGAAGGAUUGGGAUCCCUCACAAGACGAGGUUGAGGAGGACUAUGAAGAGACCGCUCCUACCACAGAGUCGGAAGUCACCCUCUCCAAGAAGCCGUCUGAUUACCGCGACGUCAUCAUUACCAACAUUGACGCCAAUGGCAAGCUCAAGCUGCAGGAAAUCGGCCACGGCACUGCUGCUCUUGAGACUCUGAUGACGGAGUUCCGCCGCUUCCACAUCGAUUCCAUGAACAACAAGCCCCUCGCCGACGCCCCCAAGACUGGCGAGUAUGUCUCGGCCAAGUUCUCUGCUGACGGCCAGUGGUACCGCGCUCGUGUUCGCGCCAACGACCGCACCAACAAGAUGUCCGAGGUUCUCUACGUUGAUUUCGGUAACAGCGAAAAGGUUGCCUGGUCAAGCCUGCGCGCUCUCGACCAGUCCCGCUUCGGCACCCAGAAGCUCAAGCCCCAAGCAAUUGAUGCUUCGUUGUCCUUCAUCCAGCUGCCCACUGGCGCUGACUACUACGAGGACGCCGUUGGUUACAUUUACGAAAUCACUGAGGGUAAGCGCCUUGUUGGCAGCUUCGACUACGUUGACGUCAAGGAGGGCAUGAACUACGUGACCCUCUACGACCCCAAGAACGGCCAGCUUCCCGGCCCCAACGACUCUCUCAACAAGGAGGUUGUCGCCAGCGGCUACGGGAUGGUGCCCAAGAAGCUCAAGGCUUGGGAGCGCAGCCCUGUAUUCGGUAGCUACCUGAAGCAUCUGCAAGAGGUUGAGAUCGGCGCUAAGCAGGACCGCCUGGGCAUGUGGGAGUACGGUGACAUCACCGAGGAUUAAGAAGAAGAAAAGUGUUUUAUAGCAUAGCGAUUUCUAAUGGCAUAACAUAGCAUUUCUGACCAUGAUCUAUACGAACUUGUAAUUGCACAAUGCAAAUGUCUGUUUUUCAUAUAUAACUACAAAUGAUUUAAUAUGAUACAUUGGUGAUAUAAUACAAACAACUAGCAGUGCGCGAUAGUCAACGUGCUUCUCGUCGCUGUCCGCAACACACCACAGCUGAUAUAAAAAUGCAAACGCCAGGACGCCGCCUAUGAUUUCCUCUGUUUCUUCCGUAUCUCCUCCUUUUAUAAGCCAUUGAAGCAAAGAGUCUCACUUCUUCCUGGCCAGAGCCUCGAGUUCGGCGCGAUACUUUUCGUUCUCCAGCUCUCUCCAGUCCUGAGGAAUAGGCUCGUUUCCGCUCGUCUCUUUAACGCCGCCACUGAAUGCCGACUUGCCGCCGUACAGCUGGUAUCCGGCGUCUUUUUCGCCGUCGCUCGUGAUGGAUGUGUAGUUCACGGGGGUGUUGCCACGGAAGCGUUUGCGCAUAUCGACCAGGCCGCGCUUGCAGUCGCCAAAGCCCUUCUUGAGCUGGAGGCACUUAAUGGGGAGGGUAUCGGAAAGGGGUUCGCGAAGGCAUUCGGCUGCCGAGUUGCGGUU